AUGGUCUACAUCAGCCCCAUCGGACGCAAUUGGGGACCCAUUGUGAAUUGGGACUCCUUGAGUAAGCUUUAUGCCUCAAUUGCCAUUGCUUGGACUGCCAUCCUUACCUUGGGUUCGGCAUGGCUAAUCAAGAAUCGCCACCUGCCUUUUCUGAGGAUUCGCAACAUUCCUUUGGCGAUUGCAUCCGUUUGCUUCUUGCACGUAUAUUUGAUUAAGAUUCUUCUGGCAUAUACGACCAAUGGACAUUUUCUCUGCUCCGCCGAGUUUUGGAUCAUGAGCAUCUACCUCCCCUUCGGCAUCGCUCUGUUUCAGGCCAAUAUGGUGCAGCUACUGAGUAUCAGCACCCAGCAAAGAAAGCUGUUGGACGGCGAUAGAGCGUCAAUUCGAAAACGAUCCCGGAACGGCCAAGGUAUUUCUGGCCUCUGGUCCCGGUGGCGAGCUCUCACAGCUCUUCAAAAGACAUAUUUUGGUAUUGGGACGGGGAUGUUCCUUCAAUUUGUCAUCACAGCAGCGAUAUAUGGGACGAGUGCAAAACUACAGGGUCACUGGGGAAACAUUGCCAAGCCUCAAGGACAAGCUUUGUGUCGCAAAGGGCCAGAGUGGAUACCUUCCGCAUUAUGGCAAUUAUUCUGGUGCUGUAUCUAUGGACCAUACCUACUAUAUAAGAUUCGAAAUGUUCACGACACGCAUUAUUGGCGGACUCAGACUAUUCUCUGCGUGGUCUCAGGGUUUCCCGGCGCACCACUUUGGCUUGCAGCCGUUUUCACUCCUGGCACCGCAUGGAAAUGGGUCAAUAGAUACUAUAUUCCUCCAAUGUGGCUCGCGCCUGGAAUAUUUGUAAUGCAAGCCUGCACAAUUUUCUUCCCCAUCUACGAAGCCUAUCACCAGCACCGCCUCAACAUAACCACUACCAACAUCCUCCGCACCUGGGAAGACAACAAAACAUGGGACGAUACAACCCUCGGCUCGGGUUCUCCCAGGAUGCCAAUGUCUCAAUACCGGUCGAACGAAAUGUACACUACUGCUGCACUCGAGAAAGUCCUGCUUCUAAAUCCAAAUCCCCUUCUCCAUUUCGCCGCAACGAAAGAUUUUACAGCCGAGAACAUACUAUUCCUCCUCGCUGUCCGAGACUGGAAAGCAAAAUGGAGUCGUCUCCGAGCAUCUCCCUUACCCGAGCCCAAGCCUCAAGUGAAGAAAAUGCUUUGGCGAGAAGCGAUAGAGAUCUACGCAUACGGCGUGAGUGAACGAUACGCUGAGUUCCCAAUCAACAUCGAGUGGAAAAUCAGAAGCUCGUUGGACAAUAUAUUUUGUGAUGCGGUCGAAGUGUUGAGGCAAGAAAUGGUGAGCAAUGAUUCUUCAACACAGGCCUGUACUGCGAAUCACGAGGAUAUUGAAGCCGUGGGGAAGGAGAGCUACGAGAGUACGCAAGCAAGAGAUAAUGACGAUGAAAAAUUCAUGGCACCGGAGGAGUUUAAUGAGGGUGUCUUUGACGCAGCAGAGAAGAGUAUCAAGUAUCUUGUUGUUACGAAUACGUGGCGGAAGUUCGUCACUGCGAUGAGGGAAGGCGAUCCGAGGGUUUCGGUUGAGACUUUCUCUUGA